AGUGGAGCGCCUGAAUUUAGUAUGAACCGAUAUAACGCUCCAUGAGACCAAUCAUUACCUUGUGAUAUACAGGCGCUAUGGAUAUAUAAAUGUGUGGACUUUUCCAGCCUAUAGGACAGGUCAGAUUGACCAAUGUGGCCACUGUACGACUCAAGACUGGCGGGAAGAAAUUCGAGAUUGCUUGCUACAAGAACAAAGUGGUUAAUUGGAGAUCAGGCGUUGAAACCGAUAUACAAGAGGUCCUGCAAACACCCUGUAUAUUCACCAGUAUAACUAAGGGUAAGCUGGCUAAAAAUGACGAGCUCCUGGAGGCGUUUGGGACUAAAGACAUCGAUACCAUAUGCAAGCAGAUACUGGAUAAGGGUGAGAUGCAGGUUAGCAAAGAGGAGCGCAACCAAAUGCUGCAAGCGAUGUUUAAGGAUGUAGUCACUAUCCUUAGUGAAUUGGCAAUUAACCCUAAAACGGGUCGCGCUUUAACUAGCACUCUUAUUGAAAACACGCUGAAAUCUAGUGCUUUCAGCGUGUCACUGAGAGAACCUGCUAAAAAGCAAGCACUAAAAGCACUGGCGCAUCUGCAGCAGCUGUAUCCAAAUGAAAUCGCAAGGUCACAGAUGCGGCUUAAAAUUACAUGCGCCAUGAACCAGAGAGACGAUGUGCUCCAGUUCCUGAGUGAGCAAAACGCAUACAUCGAGCAUGUGGACCACUCACAGGCCAAAUCUACCCCUGGUAACCGGAAAGCUAAAGACUCCAGGGAUGAUAACCACCAAAGGCAGGACGCGGUGGUCAACAUCAGGUUCUUAUGUUGCACGAAGAUAUAUCGCACCGUUGAUGACUACAUAUCAAACACCUUGCAACCACCAGGGUCGUUGCAACUGGUUGCGUUGAAUGUUAAGGAUGCUGGCAAUAGAGGAUUAUCGCAACAGGCCAAUGCCUUGGAUACAGCCUCUAAUGUGCCAACAGACGACGCUACGCCGAAUGGAGUACCUCUGGCGCGAAAUGAAGAUAUGAGUGAUGGCAUGGAGAAGCUAAAGAUAGAGUCUCCAGAGGAACAGAAAAAAGUGGCGCCACCAGCUCAGGAGCAAAAGAAGGCAGCGUUUAAGUGCACCAACUGUGUUUUGGAAUUCAACACGGCGGGAGCGUAUAGACAACAUUGCAAAUCGGAGCUGCACGUGAUCAAUAACAAGCUCGCUCUGAAGGGUUUGCCACCGGUAUCGGAACAAGACUUGGUGGAACUUGAGCUGUGUCGCAAAAACGCGUCGCUUGAUGAUUAAAUAUAACACGUUGCACUCUAUGAAUGGAGUUUUCCAGAGGGUUGCAUUGCAACCCUCUG